AUGGCCGCUAAUUUGAAGAAUCCAGGAGGGUUUUUGAUCAGUUCAGCCAAGAAAUUUGUUCAUCAGAUCUGGAGUAACAAUCCUUCAUCACCUUCCACUACCAUUUUCUGGAGGAGGUCGUACGUAGCGGGAUCAGUGUAUGACAAGAACGUGGAUGACCAGGUUCGUCCAACUGUAGAACCAGAGGGUGUUGUCGAGGCUUCGGCAGACAAGUACUGGGGACCGAAUCCGCGCACAGGAGUUUUUGGGCCGGCAAGUCAGGAAGGUGGCAAUGAGGGCAUCAAGCUGCAACAAGGAAAUGGUGGUGGUGAGAGUGCUGAAUCGGUGUUGGGACAGAAGGCGAGGUUUCGAUCACUUGAGGACAUUGAGAAGCCCCAAGCAAAUUAG